AUGGCGCUUUUAUUUAAGCUGUUGUCAAAAGCUCUAGCAUCAGUACAAAUGUUAUCAAUAGUGAUGUAGUUUCACAGAGGAGUGUCUUAUGUAAAGUUUUGUUUAAAAAUGUAUAUAGAUAGAUAGCAUAAAUUAAAGCAAAAGGAAAAAGAAAAUGAAUAAGAAUAUGAACUCACCGUCAAAGUUGACGGAAUUUGCUCCGUUAAGUCCGGAGGAAAGUCAACCUGUUGUUGCUUCACUUUUUUCCAAAUUCUUCAGCUUCGCCAGGAGUCCACAAAAUGCUGAUGAUUCCAUUACCUCUCCUAAUAAUGACGAACAAAGUUCAUCUGAUUCUGAUUCUUGGAAGCAAUUGCAAAGUACAGAAAAGACACCAGAAGAAGAUAGUUCUAGUAUAAUUAAUUUUCCAUUAGAUACGCACGAGGGUCGUAGUUUACCAAGUGUUUUGAAACGUAUAAGAAAUAUUGUAGCUUCCAAGAGCAGUAAUCUGAGGUCAUAUAAAGAUUCUCAACUUAGGAGUUACUGGAUGCCAGAUAGUGUAAGCAAACAAUGUUACGAAUGCGGUGAAAGAUUUACAACUUUUCGUAGAAGACAUCACUGUCGUGUUUGUGGACAAAUAUUUUGUUCAAAAUGUUGUUCUGAUCAAAUUCCAGGAAAAAUUAUGGGAUGUACCGGUGAUCUCAGAGUAUGUACAUACUGUUGCAAAGUGGUUUUGUCAUAUUUGCAGUCAUCAGAUAUGAGAAGCGAUUUAUCGGCAGAUCUUAAAGCAUUGCAGGAAGAUCUCCAAGUCAAAUAUGGUAACGAUUCACCGCCUUUAACUCAAAAAAACUCAUCUGAAUGUACGGAAGGUGAAACUUCUAUUUGUAGAAAACCAAGUGUUGGUUACAUGGAAGAAAAAUACGCUGUUGGACGAUCAACGAAUAGUUAUUUAACAUCGCAAGAAUGUUCACUUGCCCUUCAAAAUUCAACAUCGCUAAGAAUGGUUUAUGAAGAGUUAUUCAGAUCAAGCCAGGCAAUUUUAUUACAAACACACAGAAUUCGUUUGAAAAGUUACCAUAAUUGUUUCAUAGCAAGUGAAUUAGUAAACUGGAUGAUAGCACAGAAUAAAGCAGCAACCAGGGUACAAGCUACUGCUAUAGGUCAAGCAUUACUCGAAGCAGGCUUUAUAGAACCUAUUACUUCUGAGAACGUUUUUAGCGAUACCGCAGCAAUAUUUAAACCAGUCCAAUUAUCUCAAAUGCAAAGUACAGAUUUAUUAACGGAAAAUCAGUCUACUUGCGAUGCGCAAGAACCUGCUUGGGUAAAUACUAUACCUCAACACGAUUCAACCACAGAUUCUGAAAGCGAGUCAAAACCAUCUAAUUCGGUUCAACAAACUAGUGGUCGUUUGCCAUCCUCAAGUUCAAGUUUUUAUUUAGAUUUAAAUCUAGAAGCAUCGACUGUUACAUUGAAAAGGCCAACGUCUGAAGAUUUAACAACAAUCUCGAUAGACAGUAACGAUGGAGUUAUCGAACAGAAAGAGGUAAACCUAAAAUCUCAUGAAUGUAACUUUAAAGUAUCUGAUGAUCUUUUAAGUGAUACGUUUCAAGUACAAGAAAUCAAAGAAAAGAGUGGUUGGCAUAAAAUGACUAAUCUUAGAACUGCGUUUGGAGAAAUGAGUGCCUAUAACUGUUUAACGUCUGUAUACAAGCAGCACGAAGACUCAUUGAUCAAACAACUUCUUAACAAAGAAGGUCUAUCUCAAAUUUGGUCUGAAGUUAUACUAAACAUUGCACAUCAAAUAGUAGAUCAUGUCAAGCCUGAUCUAAAUCACAAUGCCGAUGAUUUAGACAUUCGACAUUAUGUACAGAUAAAAAAAUGUACUGGAGGCAGCAGAGAUGAUUGUGAAAUAGUAUCAGGAGUAGUUUGUACCAAAAAUGUAGCUCACCGUGGAAUGAAUGCAAUGAUUGCUCAUCCAAAAAUUUUGUUACUACAAUGUGGAUUAAUGUAUCAACGUGUAGAAGGCAAAUUAUUAAGUUUGGAACCUGUGAUGAUGCAGGAGAAUGAAUACUUGGGUCAUACGGUAGCUAGAAUUACUGCUCUUGGACCUGACAUAGUUCUCGUUCAUCGAUCUGUUUCUAGAUUAGCACAAGAUAGACUCAGGGAAUGUGGCGUUACUCUUAUUUUAAAUGUUAAGUUGAGUGUACUAGAACGAAUAGCCAGAUGUACCGGUGCAAAUAUUGUAAAAACUGUUGAUGCUCAUAUUAGUGCUCGUUACAUGCUUGGUACAUGUAAAAAAUUUUAUCUACGUAAUUUUCCUAACGAUCGAAAAGGGAUAAAAACGUUAAUGUAUUUUGAGGGUUGCGCAAACGCACAUUUGGGAUCUACCAUCCUACUACGAGGUGGAUCUUUACCAGAGUUGAAGAAGGUUAAAAAUGUUACAUCUAUGAUGAUAUUCGCUGCAUAUUCUUGGCGUCUGGAAAAAUCUUUUCUCAUGGAUGAAUUCGCCAGACCACCUUCUCCGAAAGACAAUUCUUUUUUGGAUGAAACAUUUAAGAAGAAUACUUCAGAUAGUGAUAAUAGCGAACAAUUAUUGGGUACCAAAAGAAAAGAUGACGUUGAGACUUCGCCGAAUGUCGAAAAUAACGAAAGCAUAGAUACCAAAGAGAAUACAAAAUUAUCACAAAUUUAUGAUAAUAGGAAUAUUUCUAGCAAUGGGCAGAGCAUAGAUAAUACAUAUCCAAAUAAUCGCAACACGUCUGUGAAAGAUGAAGAUAUGGAAAAUCCUAGUGGAAAUGAUAAUUUAUUGAACUCGGUUGCGCUUAAGCAGAUAUCUUCUAUAUUGAACGAAGACUGUGAUCCUUACGAUACUUUGAAAUUAUUUAAAACAAAGAUCCGAUCAAAUAGGAAUGAUUCAAAAAUUUUAGAUCAAUCUUCCAGAAACACUAUUCGAGAUGAUAGCAAUUUGAAUGUUACUUUGAGCACCGUCAGGGAUAACACAGAUAUACAAAAUGAUUUAUCUAAUUCUGGAAACAAUCCGGACUUAAAAUUAGAAGAACAAAGUAACGUACCAAGAUGCGUAGAAGAGAAACGCAUUUAUGGUGAAUCUAUCAGUGAUCAUAGUGAUCCACUGCAUCAAUAUUUAAACGAAGAUGAAGAAGAUGUCUUUGAUCAGACUAGUCCAAACGGGCAGUGCCUGAGUGUCGCUGACUUACCAUUGUUAAAUAAGUUUAAGAAAGCUUUAGAGGGUACAAUUCUAAGCAUGUCACCUUAUUUAAAAUUUUCGGUACCUUAUUUAGAGACCGAACCUGGAAGAAACUGUGUUUUAAGAACCUUCUUUCCAAGAGAAAUCUUUUAUUCCGAACAGUUUUUAGAUAAAACGAAGGAAACGAGAACCAGUAGCGUUUCUGUGGAACAAAAUGUACCUGAUAAACCUCUGUUAAAUUUAAAACUUAAACCUAGGCAUCCAUUUACAGAAGCAAAAUUAACAACCGAUGUUGAAAGUAAAGAAGUUCAGGCACUUCUAGCACAUUUCAGAGCUUGUGGAAGUCGACUGUAUCCAACGAACAAUGUUGUAAUAGAAAAGCAACAGCAAAGCGUACAAGUAGAGACUACCGAGCCAAAAUCUACCUGGCCAGACUGUUUGGAUCCUGUUAACCAUCAACGUUUGUCCGUACUGUUCUGUAGCUUGUCGCAUACUAGCAAUAAUACUCCAUCUUUUUGUGUAUAUCCCUGGACUGUUAACAUGGAUCUAUAUGGGCGGAACGAUAUAGCAUUGGGAUGUUUUCUAGAACGUUAUUGCCUAACUUCAGAAUACAAAUGUCGUGCUAAAACUUGUCGAGCGCAAAUUGCUCAACACGUAAGACGAUUUGCUCACGAUGGUGGCUGUGUACGGAUUGGUUUAAGAGAAAUGAAUUCUGAACCUUUCGGUCAGGAAAAUACUAAUCAAAUUCUUAUGUGGAGCAAGUGUAUAAAAUGUAAAAGUGUUUCACCAGUCGUACCAAUGUCAGAUGAUACUUGGUCUCUAUCUUUUGCUAAAUAUCUUGAAUUAAGAUUUCAUGGUAGUGCGUAUACAAGAAGAGGUGCUGACAAUUGUCAACAUUCUCUUCAUCAUGAUCAUUAUCAGUAUUUCACGAGGAAAAACAUGUUAGCCGUAUUCAAGUACACAAAGAUCUCUCAAUGGGAGAUUUCUUUACCACCACCCGUUAUAAAUAUUAUUUAUGAUCCAAAACAACAUGCUAAUGUUAUCGAAGAGAUGAAAAGUUUGGCUUUAAAGGGGGACGAUGUUUUUACAUGUAUAAGAGAAAAGUUAAGUUCCUUACAAACAGACAUUGAGAGUAUAAAUGCUGCUAAGCAACAAAUGAUGAAAGAUCAACAGUAUUUCAAGAAUAAGAUAGAGGAGAUACAAUUGAAAUUAACCUCUCCGACUUUAGAAAAUAAAAAACUCGAAGGGAAGAUUUCAGAAAAGCAGGUACAAGCUCUUAUGUAUAGAAUCGAAGAUGGUAUCGUCAUAUUAAAAAGGUUGAUUUCUGAAGCUGUGUCUACCUGGAACACAAGGAUUUUAGAAAUCUCAACUAAAAAGAAAGAUGAACGAACGAGAAAGUUCACUGAACGAUCUAUGACAACUGGUAGCAGUGGUAUGAUAGAUACUGAUGGAUAUAUAACAGAGGACACUGCAUCGGAAUCACAAUUGGAGGAUCUAAGUCCAAUGUCGGCUGAUUAUAAUGCAGUGGAUGCAAUCGCAGUGAUACAGAACGAUUUGCAGAGUAUAGAUAUAAUGGAAAAUUCUGAUAAUGAAAUUCCAGAGAUCAGUAAUCCUGAAGAUAUCAUCAUCGUGCAGGGAUCACCUAAAAUGCAUCAGAGAUCUUAUUCGGAUGUUUUACCUUUGACAUCGGAAGACAUGCCUGAUAAAAAGAAAAAGAAAAAGACGAUCUUGUCUCAAUUAUUACCCUCUAUUCCAGUAACUCAACCGAUAGCUAAUCCAUUAGGCCCAUUGGAACAUACUUUACUUCCACUUGGAUCUCUUGUACCAGUGGUGGUCUAUGAAUCAGAGUUAUCUUCUAUAAUAGCCUAUGCAUUAGAUUCUCAUGAUUACAAACAUAGUCUGCAAGAAUUACUUCGUGUGACGAAAGGUCCAGAAUUGAAUUCCAGUCCAUUGUACAAACGUAAAUUUUCUGAGAACAAGGAAAAUUCUUCAGAAUUAACACAAUCAGGAGAUUUCAAGAGACCAUCAGUAUUAUCAUUCUUAAGAGGCAACAGUCCGAAUCCUGCCAGUCCGAUAGAAUCUGAUAAGAAUGUUUCAAGCGUGGAUUCAACGGUACAAAACGUUAACGUUUCAACAGAAACUGACGAAGACAAGAAACAAAUAAAACAGCAGAAUUACAUUGAAGUUCAGUUCAACGAUACAACGACAAACUUUUAUUGUAGGAUAUAUUUUGCAGCUCAAUUUGCUGCUUUAAGAGAGAACGUCUUACCUUGCGGUGAAGAUGGAUAUAUUAGAAGUUUGAGCAGAACUGUCCAAUGGGUAGCUAGGGGUGGAAAAAGUGGAAGUGCUUUUUGUAAAAGUAGAGACGACCGAUUCAUUAUAAAGGAAAUGUCCAAACUAGAAAUGCAAAUAUUUUUAAGGUUCGCACCAAAUUACUUUGCUUAUAUGGAGAAGUGUCAACAAAUGAAACAACCGACAUUACUAGGAAAGAUAGUUGGAGUUUAUAGAGUAUCUUUCAAAAAUGAUACGACUAACAAUGGCAUAAGAACGAGUGUUUUGGUAAUGGAGAAUUUAUUUUAUAAUCGAGAGAUCACUGACAAGUUCGAUUUGAAAGGAUCCAUAAGGAAUCGACUGGUAAAUCCAGAUGAUAUCGACCAUGAAGGGGAAUUAGUUUUGUUGGAUGAAAAUUUAUUAAACAUGAGCUGCGACUCACCUUUAUACAUCAGAUCUCAUUCCAAGGUUGUAUUAAACAAAGCGAUUAAAAGCGACACCAAAUUUUUAGCAGACAAUUCUGUUAUGGACUAUUCGCUAUUGGUAGGAUUGGAACCGAGUUCAGGUGAACUUGUUUUGGGUAUAAUAGGUAUGUUUCUUUUUUUUUUUAUUGCGCACAAACAUAUAUACAUACAUACAUACAUACAUACACACACGCGCGCGCGUUUCACAUUUCUUAUUAAAAAUUUACUAAUUAUUGCUAUUGUAUCAGAUUAUAUAAGGACGUUCACGUGGGAUAAAAAAUUGGAAACAAUGGUGAAGAAAUCCGGCAUAUUGGGUGGCCAAGGAAAAUUACCAACCAUAAUCUCACCAGAGGAAUAUAGAGCUAGAUUUAUAGCAGCGAUGCAUCGUUAUUUUCUACCAGUGCCAGAUAGAUGGUCUGAUCUAGGCAAAGGUGUUGAAACUAUCUGAUGAAAGAUAUAGAGCAAGAAUGAGAUUGAAAAUUAUACAUUUUCGAUAUUGUCAUUGGUAUAUAUCAAUUGUAUAUACAUUUUCUACAUGAAACGGACACAUAUACAUACACUAUUUUAUAUGUGUGUAUGUAUAUAUCUACAUACAUACAUACAUAUAUAUAUAUAUAUAUAUAUAUAUAUAUAUAUAUAUAUAUAGUGUACAGGAAAGUAGUAUUGCCACAAAUCAUACGUGAUUUUUAAUAUAUAUAAUUUUAUAUAUAUGUAUGUAUAUAUGUAUUAUAUAUAUAUAUAUAUAUAUAUAUAUAUAUAUAUAUGUAGUAUGAAAUGGAAGAAUGAUUCAUCGUGAUAAUGACUAAUAACUUCUGAAUCGAAAACGUAUUAUAAUCUCUAAUUAAUAAUAAGCAUCAAAUUAUUAUCUAUUUCUCACGCAUCUGUGAUCUUCUUUUAAUUUAUUAAUUUAUUAAUAUGUGUGUAUGUAUAUAUAUACACACGCACACACAUAACGUCUUUUUGUUGUUGCCGAUAGUCGAUUUAUAAAAAUAUUUCAUUAAUUCUCAAAACGGAACGAAAACAACGACGGUGUCGUCAUUCGAUAUAAAGGUCUAACGAAAGAGACGCAUAAAAUUUUAAUAGUACAUAUAUGAAAGCACCAUUAUUAAUGUUUUAUUUAGAUAAUUUUUUUUUUCUUUUUUCUUUCUCCUUCUAAAUUAUUUACAUAAAUCGUUAUUUAUAUAUUUAAUAAUGAAAUAAACAAUAAUAGUAAUUAAUAAUAAUAAAAUUAAUAAUUAAUAAUAAUAUUAUUUAAUUAACAUAAUAGCAUUUUUGUCUUAAUAGCCUACAAGUUACAAACACAAGGAAGAUAUUAAAGCGUGUACCUUAUGGAAAAGAAAAACCAUUUCUUAUCGUAUUUCCUUCUCGUUUUAUCACUGAUAUCUACUAAUAAUAAUUAAUAAUAAUAAUAAUAUAAUAAUAGUAAUAAAAUAAUAAUAAGUAUUUACAUAAACGAAUGCAAGGCGAAAAAAGCUACAGCGAAAGUCCAACAAGACCAACUAAUAAUAUCUCUCAACAUAUUUGAAAAUUCUAUUACAACACGCUUUUUUUUUCAAGUUACAAGUUACAUAUUUCUUGCGGCUUUUCUUUUUUUUCUGUUUUGCAAGAUCGUAAUAUGGGCUAUUCGAUGAUACAUUUAUUUAUAUAUAUAAAAAAAGAGAGAAAAAGAGAGAGAUCCUCACGUUAUUCAAUCUUAGUUUUUUCAUUAUCUGUCGAUGAAAACACAUUUAUUCAUUCGUUCAUUCAUUCAUCAGCACAUACAUACAUACAUAUAUACGUACAUACAUUCAAUUUGUUUAGUUUUUUGCCUACGGCGAUUGUUAUUAACAACAACAAGGGUUUUUUAUUUUUGUCAUUAAUAUUCGACGGAAUUUAAUAAAACUAAACUCAUGUCGCUAUAACUAAUGAUAAUAAUAAUAAUAUUUAUUUAUUUAUUUAUUUGCCGUAGAAGUAGAAGCUGGGAUUUCAAUGCUGAACGAAUUCGAACGUACAAUUGACUGAUUGAUUGAUCGAUCGAUUGAUAUCUCUCAUUGAGAUGUUUUAUGUCGAAAAAAUAGAAAAAAAUAAAUAAUUUUUGUAUAUCUGCUAAAUUCUGAUUAGGUAAGGAUCGUUAUCAGUUGUUCGUGAGAAUAGAAGAGAAAAAGAAAGAGAUAGAGAGAGACUGGAAUUAUUCCAUGCAUAUAAUAGGCAGUAACAUAAUCUCUGUAACAUUUAUAUUUGAUUUUUUUUUUGUAAUUUUUUUCUGGUUAUUUUAUAUUUUUUUUUUUUUUGUAUUUUACUCAUAGUAAACUGAAAAAGGACUGUACUUAUGCACUUUCAUUUUGUGGACUCAAAAUAAGUGAUUUUACUCAAUCGGUACAUUUUCAAUAGUACUGGACGAUUUUGUCCAAAAAAAGAAAUAAAUAAAUAAAUAAAUAGAGCAUUGGUUUUCUUAAAAAAAAGGCGAUCUUUACAAUUUUACGAUCGUGUGAAGUUAAGUUUUUUAAAUGAAGUUCAUAUUGAAAUAAAAAUUGAUGGAUUUUGCUACGAUGGCGCCACUCUUUGCCAGGCGUAUUAGACGGCGGGUAAUUCGAAUUUAACGAACAGCCCUAUUUUAAAUUCCAGUUGGUUUAUAAUGAAAGAAAGUCGAGAAUUCUUAUCGCUUUUUCGAAUUCAUUUUUUUCGUAUUCACGUCACGUGGAGACGAGGAACCUCCAUCUUUCGUACUUUUUAUUUUGUUUUCACAGCCUUCCAUAAUUGUUGGAAAGCUCCCCAGUGACAAACGCGUACAUAUUUAUAUAAGCCUAUCGUUUGAUAUAUUCUCAAUCAAACAUAAAAUAAACGAAGUGAAACAGAACAGCGGAUACUUUACGGAGCCAUUUUAUGAAUUCUUUUACACUUUCUUUUUUAAAUCAUGGCUUCGACAAGUUACUCUCACCGCUUUUACAUCAAAUCACACACUACACAAACUCCCUGUGGAUUAUGUACUAUUAUUUUCGAUAAACGCUAAAGGGUAUUUCUGUCUUUCGUAGUCGUAGGAACACUACUGUUCCUUUUAAAAAGAAGAAAGAGAAAGAAAAAAAAUCAAUGAAAAGAAGAGUAAGAGGAGUAAAAACGAAUAGGAAACAAUUGCAGCUUUUUUGUGAGACACGACACGACGUUUGACAAAAGAGAGUAAGAUAGUAAAGGAGAGUAUAAUAAAGAGAAAGAGAGAGAGAGAGAGAGAGAGAGAACAAAUACAAAGAAAGGAAAUUCGAACGAGUCCGAGCAAUAGAGACACUAACGUGACUCUCGUUCGAUCGCGCUUUCGUUCGGUUUUGCUCGGCUUCGUUCGAAUUUGCUCGUAUAUCGUCGUCGUGAGUCGUAAGUUCUCCGCUAGAGGGAAAGUCACGUGGGUGCUACUCGCUAUGUCGUAGCUGUCAGUGUAUGUUAUUAGCCGUAGGAGAACCAAGCAAUACUUUUUUUCGUUUUGUUUGUUUUUUGCCUCGAUUUGUGAAACACCAUAUCGAGGAUCAAGCUUUUUCUAUCAUCUCGUAUGAUCACUAUCAUCGUCAUCGUCGUCUUUUUUUCUUUUUCAUCAUCAUCAUCAUCAUCAUCAUCA